CCUCAAACCAGUCAACCACGAUGUUGACCCCCACGAGCUCCACCGGGGACGAGUUCAGUAAGGCGAUGCAAACUCCCGAGCAGCCUAUGGAACCACCACAGCAGCUGCCUCUACUCCAACAGCAACCACAGCCGCAAUAUAAGCCGUAUUCGCCAGGAGAGAACAUUGUCUCGUCUGCAACUGCGGCGAUUCAGGAUCACAGUAUUCACCGUCAAUCGCUUUCCUACACCGAUCACCGUCAAUCCAUGUCCUUCGGCGUAGCUCCACUGCAAGUUUCACGCAACAAAGGAGACGAGAUCUUCUUCAAUGAGCCACAGCAGCCAGAGCCAAGUUCUAAACCAUCUUCUAGGCCCAUAACCUCAUCCUCCCAUGACGAAUCCUUCUCCGACCACGCCAUCGACGUCCCCGCCCCACUGAAUCUAUCAGGGGCUCCUUCCACCACCGCAUCUACCCCAGGCCCAACUCCGGCGCCAGUACCCACCUCUUCAUCCGGCCUCGCAACCCUCUCCUCCCUCCUCCCCAAAUCCCUCUCCCCGCCCUCUUCCCAUCCUGCCAUCACCAACCUCCAAAACCUCCUCUCCUCCCACCCAGCCGACUUCACCUUCCUCACCUCCCUAACCACCACCUACGAGUCCGCCGCCACAAAACUCCGCGGCACCCUCGACCGCGAGCGUCGCGCGCGCCAGGAGGAAAGCGAGGCCCGCACCGACCAGCUCUUCAACGACAACGAGAUCUCGUACGCGGACAUCGGCUCGCUGGAGGACGACUUCAAGGCCGAGGAAGCGCGGCGGAAAGCCAAGGAGGACCGCGAGGAGUACGCGCGCUUCGUCGAGGGCGUGUUCGACAAGGGGUACGAGCAGCUGCAGGAGGGCGUGCGCGGGCUCAUGGGCGGGCUCGGGGAGUGCGAGAAGCUGCUCGAGACGAGCGUCGCGGGCAUCGAGGCGCUGGAAACGAGGGACGUGGCGGCGGCUUCUCCGCCGCCGCCGACGCUGAUGGUGAUUGAGGUACUGCGGAAGUUCUAUGAGGCGGUGGAGCUGCGGCAUGAACGGAUUACGCAGUUGGUCGCGGAGCGGGAUAGGCGAUAUAAGAAGACGGAGAUCACGCCGCUGUAUGCGGCGGGGAAUAUCGCGAAGAUGAAGAGUGUGGAGCGGCAUUUUGAGAAUGCGGAGAGGCAGGCUGUGCUAAGGGCGAAGAGCGAGCGUGCAGAUAGGGUUGCGGAUUUGGUCAGGGAGAUUGAGGAGGCGGUUGUGAGGUCUGUGGGCGCGAAUCAGGGCGUCAGGGAUGAGAUUGUGGCGGUGCUUGGUAAGAUCUCGCCCAAUGAGGUGCAGGCGGAGAAUGGCGUCGCGGUUGUGAGGCUUGCGGAUCAGGUGCUUAAGGCGUUGGAGCAGAGUUCGAAGGAUCUGAUGACGACGUUUAAUGAGGUUGAGCUUGUGCUUAACGGGGCGGUUAUUGAGGCCGAGAUUGCGGCGGCGAAGGCAGAGAAUUUGGGGGCUGAGAAGGAGAAGCCCAGGGUGGCUGGGCUGGAGCAAGAAUUCAAGGAGGGCGAGGAGCGGCUGAAGGGUGAGCUGGUACGCAGGCUAGGUGUGCUGGAAGAGGAUCUUCGGGAGGGAGAGGCCCUUAUCAAAGACAGGUUGGCAGGAGCUGGCACACAAGGUGGCACACCGGGGGCUGCGCCGCCGUCCAACGAAGAGGCGGUAAAGGCUGCUAGGCUUAAGGCAGCGCUUGAGGAGGCCAAGAGGAGGAAUGGGCACUGAGUAUCUGUUGCUAAUACCGUUUGGAUUUCGGGUUGGGUUAGUGCGUUGAAGCGUUCUGGGGGCGUACUGGGAUAUGUCAUUUGCGCGGUCUGAUUUCGAAUGUGGAGACCUUUACAUCCUGCGUAUUCAUUAAUCGAUAGGCAAGAGUGCCUCCCAUAUUUCUA